AUGGAGUACGAACCUUUAGCCCCCAAACCCCAACCAGUGUUCGGUCAAGGUUUUAAAUACAAUGGUAGGCUUACUGUGAAAGGCAUACCUCGUGUGGAGCCUGUAGAGAUAAGGCGACUCCUCUUCGAGCCGGAGGGUGCCGAUGAAGACCAACUUCGCGAAUGGCGUACAGAGACGUUCCGAGUAGUGACGAAACCUUGGCUCGAAGCUCAGAGCCGACACUAUGGCGUGGUGCUAGGGCCCGUAGACAGUUAUUCAAAAGAUGAGUUACGAGAACUCUUCCGCAGGGAAUCUCUCAAACCUGAUUUCGGCGAUAUCAAGAGACAGUAUCAGUCAUUUAUGCCAGGUCAGUUUGAGAAGAUGAAGGCGGACUGGGAAACACAAUCCUCAGCCUACAAAGAGUCAUGUUUCUCUGGCCGUCGACAAGCAGACUUUGAUAAUUUAGCUACCUUGGAGGAAAAGCUUAACUUUGACAUCGACAUGUUCCUGGAAACUUAUUACAGCGAUCCAGAUAUUCUUCCAGAUCCCAUGCCCUUCCGUGGGAUCAACUUCGACGUCGUUAUGACAGCUAUAGAGCAAAUUAAGGGACUGCACUGUCAAAAAGUAGGUAACGAUUUUCAGAAGAUGCUCUGGGUUGGAUGGGACAAGAAAGACGUCAAGCAGGCGUGCAAGGAGUAUGCAACGUUGGCCAAAGAAAAUGCUGCCGUGCGGCGUCAAUUGAAAAAGCAGCAUACCAUUCUUGCGCACGAGAAAAAGCUUGAAAAGAAGGCGGCGUCGCGGUUACAACCUCACCGAGAGUACGUGGCUAAUGCUGUGCGUAACCGCGGGCUCGAAGGUUCUUACAUAGUUGAGGCUACCCUCAUAGGAGUCCAACGCGAAGCUGGCAGCAGUUGGGUAGAGAUCAGGAAGACUAUGUUGAACGAUGUAUUCGAGGCGACUUUUAACUUCAUGCCUGCAGCGGAAGGCGUAAUAAUCCUGGCACAAAAUCCCGACGACAUUGACAGGUACAUUCGUUUAGUCGAACCAUUGCGCAAAGUGCCAGCACCGGCGGUCGAAAGCGAUAAUAUAUACCAGCGGUCCCCGAGGGAUGUACCAGAUAUUAUAUACAUUGGCGCGGCACCGUAG